AAAGGUGAACCUCAAGUACCAAUAGUUCCUUUCACAUAGAAAAUUCAACGAUAAGAAAAAGGUGAUCGAUUGGAAGUACAUAUAUAUAUAUAUAUAUCUGUGGAAAAUUAAAGUAAUAGAGUAAUUAGUGAUGGAAGUGGAAAACAUGAGCAGCCCAAUCUCGUGUGGUAGUAAGGAAGAGGAGGAAGACGCAGAGCUUCCCGGUUUCCGGUUUCACCCGACAGACGAAGAGCUGGUGGGGUUCUAUCUCCGGCGGAAGGUGGAGAAGCGGCCCAUCCGCCUCGACCUCAUCAAGCACGUCGAAAUCUACAAAUUCGAUCCCUGGGAUCUUCCAAAGUCGAACGGCGCAGGGGAGAAAGAGUGGUACUUCUUCUGCAGAAGAGGGAAGAAAUACAAGAACAGCCUGAGGCCCAAUAGGGUGACGCGUUCAGGCUUCUGGAAGGCGACGGGCAUCGACCGCCCCAUCUACUCCUCCCGCCGCGACUGCAUUGGCCUCAAGAAGUCCCUCGUCUACUACCGCGGCUCCGCCGGCAAAGGCACCAAGACCGACUGGAUGAUGCACGAGUUCCGCCUCCCCACCUCCGACAGCAAACAGGAAGCAGAAGUGUGGACCCUCUGCCGCAUCCUGAAGCGCAGCGCCUCCUACAGGAAGUGCGUGCCGGUGCCGGUGCCGGUGGAAAUGAAGAGGAGUGCCAGCUCCGAGACAUGCAGCCUCGAGUCCUGCGAUCAGAAUGGGGGCAGCUACAUCAGUUUCACGGCUCCCCUUGCCACUCAUCAGACUAGCGUUCAACCCCAUUUCAUCACCUCCUCUUCUUCUUCCACCUAUACUAUGUACUCCGACAUCAAUGAGUUUUUGAGGCAUGCAGAUUGGGAGGAUCUUCGAUCCGUUGUCGACUCUGCUGCUGCUAAUCCCACCUUCUAUUCUAAUCGUUAUUAAUAUUCAUCAUCAUCUCUGUUUUGUUAGUUAAUUAGAUUCCCAAUAAGAAGCGCCGCUAGCUGGGACUGGACUUGAGAUCACACAUGUAUUAUGUAUAGUUUGUCUCCGCUCACUUAUAUAUACAUACACCUAGGUAUAUAGUGUGUAUUUAAUUUCUA